UAGCAGUUAUUGGCGGGAAGUAACUGCAGCAGAGAGAGGAAAGGGAAGAAGAACCCAAACUCUAUCCAUUUUUCUAAGAUCAAAAACAAAAAGGACCAAAAAAACUAAAAACUAACUUUUGAAAUCAACCAACCAACCAUCCAAUGGCUGCUUUUACUACUACUUCUUCAUCAUCAUCUGCUACUCUGCAAACUACUCUUCUAUCUUCAACAAACCCCUUCAAUUAUCACACUUCACCCAUUACUACUACAACCACUCUCAAACCACUUCUCUCAUCAUCCCCCAAAACACCCAACAACCCUAACUUUAUUCACAUCCAAUCUUCAAUACCCAACUUCAACACCACCACCAACACCACCAACAAAUUCAAUCCUUUGGAAUCUUCAGGUUACCAGAAAUGGAGAACUAGGGUUUCUUUUUUCACUUCCUUUUUGACCAAAACCAAAGACAGCGAGAGCCUCAAGGAGGAGCUUCUUGAUGCCAUUGCUCCUCUCGACCGUGGUGCUGAUGCCUCCCCUGAAGACCAAGAGCGCAUCGAUGAGAUUGCACGAAAACUUGAAGCCGUAAAUAAAGUAAAGGAGCCCCUUAAGUCUAACCUUCUGAAUGGAAAAUGGGAGCUUCUAUAUACAACAUCUAAAUCAAUUCUGCAGACUCAGAGACCGAAACUGCUGAGACCAAACGGUAAAAUCUACCAGGCAAUUAAUGCUGAUACUUUGAGGGCUCAAAAUUUGGAAACUUGGCCAUUCUUCAAUCAGGCGACGGCUAAUCUAGUACCUCUAAAUGCAAGGAGGGUAGCUGUUAAGUUCGACAGUUUCAAAAUUGGCAGUCUGAUACCUAUAAAGUCGCGUGGAAGCGGGCAUGGUCAACUGGAAAUCACAUACUUGGAUGAGGAGUUACGAAUAUCGAGGGGUAAUCAAGGAAACUUGUUCAUAUUGAGAAUGGUGGAUCCAUUCUAUAGAGUUCCUCUUUAAUAAUGGUGGUGUGUCCAUUCUUAGAUUCCACACUAAUAUUUAUUACCACCUCUUGAGGUGGGAUCCUAUCUCUCCAAAAUUCGCACGGUACCUUCUAUUCCUGUAAAAGUUUUUUCCUUCUAAUGCACUCCCAACAAUACUGGCUCGAGAUUCCUGUGACUGAGUGUUCCCUUAACUGGAAAUUCAUCCUUUAAAAUAAAAUACAUAUUUAUUUAUUUUUUCA